AUGUCAGAGCACGAUAUUCAGAAAACUCUUCAGUCCCUUCAAAUUCCAAGUGAAUACGCGCGCUAUGAGUCCACAGAUGACAUAUCUCGUCUAGAUACAUGGAAGGCUUCGACUGUGCAGCUUCUACGCGACCUCAGUGGAUCGAUCAAUGAAAAAGAGCUCUCGGUGACAGAACAAGCAGAUGUAAUUGCAGCAGUCGCUUCUUUCAGUGAUACAGAGCCCUGGACCUCACCUGAAUCUCGUGCUCUGGCCACAGAAAUAUUGUCAAACUUUUCCGAACCCAAUCUUUCGCUCAUGUUGCAGCUGUUGGAGCAGAAUGUUAACCCUCCUUUCCGCUCUAGCCUUCAUCCGUUGCUGAACCCAUCUACCGGACGUAAGUUAAGUCGACCAGCGGGUGGUCCUAUGGGCUCGCAGGAUUUCUAUGAGACUCAAACUUGGAAGAAUUACCCCGCAGCGGGUAAUCUGGUAUUUUGGUGUCUGCGUCAUAUCCAGAGUCAAGACUAUGGCCGUCUCUGGUAUCUCGUUAUCCCUCCGAUAAUGACUUUCCUUGAUGACUAUCAAGUUCCAUAUAAAUUGAAAGGAGUCAAGAUGGUUGAAGAACUUCUUCAGCACGUACCCAGAGAAAUACUAAAACGUACUGGUGUGGAUGGACUCAUUCUGACAUCUCUGAAUAACUGUCUAGCUCAAUUGGAUGAUGUUAAAUCUCCCCAAUUAAUACAAGCUACAGUUCCGGUUUCCUUAUCACUGUCUUUGAUCACGACAACUCUGGGAUCUCCAGCGCAAUUUGAUCAGCUGUGCGCACUCCUAGGAGAAAGAAUCAUUGGAACAAUCUGGUUGUAUUCUUACGACAAGCUCGGGGUUGUUCAGGCCUCGGUAGACUCCCUUCCCCCGUUAUUGAGUGCUUUAGGCUUAGGAAGCAGUCGAUAUCUCAAGGCACUGAUACCUCAACUGUUACACCCUCUGAUUCCGGUGCCUUUCACAGUGUCCCCAUUCGAGCUGCAAAUUUCUUCCUUGCGUGCGCUCACGAUCGUUAUACAUGAAUGCUCAUAUAGAAUGCUGCAGUGGAAGGGAACCGUAAUAGAUGGUAUAAGCCGCUGUUGGAUAAAUUUAACCGAUACACAGUCAACCGACGACAGCUCCAGACGGGAAGAGCUGAAAAAGCAGCUACGAUCCACAUGCGAAACAUUAGCUAAGGUUUGCCCUACCAUUAUUGAAGUGAGUACAGUCCUCUAG